AUGGAGACAGAAGAGAUAAGGCUGCAGUCGGAAAGGUUACCGACUUUGUAUGAAGUUCUAAACAACCAGACGGCCACACCGGUGGAUUCUUGGUCAUUCUACACAUUCUUAUACCAGUACCCAGGUGCGUUAAAUUACAUGGACUUUUGGAUCGAUGUAAUGGCGCAUUUAAGGCUUUGCAAACAGUAUGUGAAGGGAAUAAGGGAAUCUAUGUUUCUGGAAGUGGAAGAGCAUCAGAAAAACCUCGAUAGCAUCAAUGACACGAAAGAAUUUUUCGAUAACAUGGACAGCUGCAGUAAUAGUAGCAGCAAUACUAGUAAACGUUCCAGAGCGGGAAACAGGAAUACUUCUACUAGUAGGCAAAGUGCCACUAGUAUGUUGUUGUUGGAAGCGUUAUUGAACGAGGGGUAUUUGGAUUACCAUGAUAAUAUUAGGGUCAGUCAGUUUUUGAAAAGCGAGACUGGCUCUGAGAGCAUUUCACAAGUGAUGGAAUCACUGUUUGCUACUUCAAAUCAAGAGCAGCGGAUGCUGGGCCAAAUACAGGGCACUACAGAUAACAAACGUCUUUCUGUCAUAUUGGAUGACUAUUUAGUAAAACAUAUGGAUGAUACUCAAAAGCCCAAAAUUACGUCAAAACAAUUAAUUGCAAGCUCAAAUGCUAUUGUUGACAGAUACUUAGUGUUGGAUGAUAGCUUGACUCUGGGAAGGCCAUUGUUUAAUAUUCCGGAACACAUGAGAAUGGAAGCAAUCUCUUUGGUUAAAGAUGAACAAAGAUAUGAUCCUGAUGUGUUUGAACCGCUCAAGAUUCUAGCAUUUCAGUUUUUGGAAAUUUACUGUUUUCCCAAAUUCUUGUCGUCAGUUGCUUUGCACAAUUUGCAGGAUAGUAUUACUCUGUCUUCAAGCUUCAGCGGCUCCCCAUAUUCACAAUGUACAACACUUUCGCGAGUAGCAACCGGCUUUGUAUUUUGGGGGAUCGGAUUUUGGAUUGGCUACAUAUUAAUAUUUCUAAACUACUCUAGAAACAUCCGGGUUGUAACAUUGGCACCUUUCUUCUUAGGAAGUUAUUACAUCAUUUGUGGUAUUUACCACUUGGAUAUUAUAUACACAUUGUUUGGUGUCACCCAAACUCUGGUACCGCCUCCUAAGCUUGAAGAGCCAGAAUUAGGUUAUGAGAAACCCAAACCAACGCGAUCGGCAGAAAUUCCCUUUUUUCUCGCUAUGCUAGGAGCAAGAAAUAGACUUGCGAAAGUCAGACAUCCCUUUGUAUUAUCCAUAAUGCGGAAACGUGCUUGGUGGUGUUUAUUUUUGGUUCUGUUUUUUACUGCUAUUUUAACCGCAAUAUUUUCAGGUGUUCCAUCUACCAGAUUAUAG